AUGGGCCUCUCCGGCACCAUUCCACCACACCUCGGAAACCUCUCCUUCCUCGUUUCACUCGACCUUGGAGGAAACAAUUUCACAGGCACUUUGCCUAACCAGUUGUCCUUCUUACAUAAACUCCACUACUUAUCUCUGACAAAUAACAGUUUCACAGAUUCUAUUCCAGAAUCCAUCUCCAACUUAACAAAUCUGUCUUACCUCGAUUUUUCUCAAAAUUCCCUUGAAGGAAUAAUCCCACCAGAGAUGUGUAAACUUCAAAGACUGCAAUAUUUGGCAUUUCAAUAUAAUCAUCUCUCAGGCAUUAUACCAUCAUGGUUGUCUUUCUUACCUAAACUCGAGUACUUAUCUCUGAGAAACAACAGUUUCACAGGUUCUAUUCCAAAAUCAAUCUCCAACUUAACAAAUCUGUAUCAUCUUGAUUUUUCUUCCAAUUCACUUGAAGGAAUAAUCCCACCAGAGAUGUCUGGACUUCAAAGACUGGAAUAUUUGGCAUUUCAAGACAAUCAUCUCUCAGGCAACAUACCAUCUUCACUAUUUAACAUAUCUACCUUAAGAGCUUUAUCUUUAGUAUCAAAUGAAUUGAGUGGCAAUCUUCCAAAUGAUCUGUGUGCCAACCUUCCAUCUAUUGAAAUAAUUUACCUUGGUGAAAAUCAACUGAGUGGCCAAAUUCCAUCAAAUCUGUCGGGAUGUUCGCAACUUAAGCAUCUGUCGUUGGGCAUCAAUUAUUUUAGUGGACAGAUACCCGCAUCGAUUGGAGAUUUAAAAUCUCUCCAACUUCUACAGCUCCCAGACAACCAUUUAACUGGCACAUUGCCCCUCAGUAUCUUCAAUAUCUCUUCAUUGCAAGCUUUACAACUAUGGAGAAAUAAACUUUAUGGGAACCUUUCAAGAGAACUUGGGAAUCUUACAAUGCUAACAAAGCUGGAUCUCGACAACAACAAGUUCACAGGUAUAAACACCAUUUAA